CGAGCCUAUUCCACCGCUGACCACUGGAAGGUGUUUGUAGAGCGUUCGACUCCGACUGGAGAAGAAAACAGACCGCCAGGGCACCGGCGAAAUAGAAAUAGAAAUAUAUUUGCGAUAAAAGAGGAAGGACAGGAAAACCUUUUUACGUGUAUAAUUUAAAGCAAGACGCUAGCGUUGAUAUCACCGCGCACUAAAAGCCACAAGGGAAGAAAAGAAAAGGGAAAACAGCGGCGACCGAAAAUACGAAGACGCGGCUUAGCUCGCUGGCUAACAAAGACGGUUUCUCUGACGAAGACAGUCCGCAUUAUCCUUUAGUUAUGAGUCAUGUGGCCGUCGAAAAUGUCCACGGUCUAGAUCAGCAGCUGGCUGUCCUAGACUUAAACUCUGUUGGAGAUGGACAAGGUGGAGGUGGUUCAGGCAGGCGCUACAUUCCACCUCAUUUACGGAACAAAGAGGCUUCCAAAAAUGCAGGAAAUGCUUAUACCUCUGGUAGACAGAGUGGUUAUUCAGGGGCCUCAUUAAGGAGCUUUCUGUGGGUGAAUGAGUUUAAAGUUGGAACACUUGCUUUAUACCUCCAACAUGAGGCUUCUUCUAAAGUUUCUCCCAAACAGUACCCUCAAAUGGGACAUCCAGAACACUACCGUAGACAAAGAAAUAACUAUGCAUCGGAAUGGACCGACUUUAGAACUGGUUACGCAAGAUACCCAUCGCAGGAGCUUUCCUAUUAUCAGGCCUACAGCAGUGGCUGGCCAGGCCGAUGUGCCUCUCCUGCCCACACUGACUGCAGCACAGCCACGGAUGGAAAUGAUGACACGGCCAGCGUGCUCAGCUGGGCCGAUCGCUGUGACUCCCCUGGAUGGGACAGCAGCCGCAGCAAUGGCUACAUGAAUGGCUACCAUGAUGGCAGGGAUAACCGCAUGAAUGGAGAUCGAAGCGGUUUCGGGGGACGUGGACCUUCUCGCACAGACAGAGGUGGGCGUGGUGGGUACCGUGGCAACCGAGGCGGCGGUUCCUUUAACCAGUCCCAGCCAAUGCCAAAUUCAGGAUUUGGCUACGAUGGCAAAGAUGGCAAUGGAUGGAACACACCUAAAGACAACAGGGAUGCCUAUAGCAGUUUUGGAGGGCGCUCCGACAGAGGGAAGCCCUCUUUUUUCAAUGACCGGGGCUCUGGGACAAGAGGGAGAUAUGAACGUGGAGGCUUUGGAGGAAGCAGUAGCCGAUGGGUAGAGGACUCUAGAGAAGAGGAGGACUGGUCUAAGCCCACAUCUCGAAAUGAGCGCCUGGAACAUGAACUCUUUUCUGGAAGUAACACAGGGAUUAACUUUGAGAAGUACGAUGACAUUCCUGUUGAGGCCACUGGCACAAACUGCCCUCCUCACAUUGAAAGCUUUCAUGAUGUUGACAUGGGGGAGAUCAUCAUGGGUAACAUCACUCUGAGCCGCUACACCAAACCCACUCCUGUCCAGAAGCAUGCCAUUCCCAUCAUAAAGACAAAGAGGGACCUGAUGGCCUGUGCUCAGACAGGGUCCGGAAAGACGGCUGCGUUCCUCCUUCCAGUUUUGAGUCAGAUUUACACUGAGGGUCCUGGAGAGGCCUUGCGGGCCACAAAGAACAGCAGCCAGGAGAAUGGGAGAUAUGGACGGCGCAAGCAGUAUCCAAUUUCUCUGGUUCUGGCACCUACUCGAGAACUUGCACUGCAGAUCUACGAUGAAGCUAGAAAGUUUGCUUACCGCUCCCAUGUGCGCCCAUGUGUUGUGUAUGGAGGGGCGGACAUUGGCCAACAGAUCCGUGACUUGGAGAAGGGCUGUCACCUCCUUGUUGCCACUCCUGGCCGGUUGGUGGACAUGAUGGAGAGAGGGAAGAUUGGGCUGGACUACUGCAAUUACUUGGUUCUGGAUGAGGCUGACAGAAUGCUCGACAUGGGUUUUGAGCCCCAGAUCCGACGUAUUGUUGAGCAGGACACCAUGCCUCCGAAAGGUGUGCGACAUACGAUGAUGUUCAGUGCUACUUUCCCCAAGGAAAUCCAGAUCCUUGCCCGUGACUUCCUGGAGGACUACAUUUUCUUGGCUGUGGGCCGUGUUGGGUCCACCUCAGAGAACAUCACCCAGAAGGUUGUUUGGGUUGAGGAGAAUGACAAACGUUCCUUCUUGUUGGAUCUCCUGAAUGCUACAGUCGUUCCCACUGAGGUUCAGGAAAAUGCAAGCGAGACCCCAGAGAAGCCUGGUAAAGACUCCCUUACCUUGGUGUUUGUGGAAACAAAGAAGGGUGCCGAUGCUUUGGAGGACUUUCUAUACCGCGAAGGCUAUGCAUGCACUAGUAUCCAUGGUGACCGUUCUCAGAGAGACCGAGAGGAAGCACUCCACCAGUUCCGUUCAGGAAGAUGUCCCAUUCUGGUUGCCACAGCAGUUGCUGCACGUGGGCUCGACAUUUGCAAUGUGAAGCAUGUGAUCAACUUUGACCUACCUAGUGAUAUUGAGGAGUAUGUCCAUCGCAUUGGUCGUACUGGACGCGUUGGAAACCUUGGCCUGGCCACUUCUUUCUUCAAUGACAAGAACACCAACAUCACGAAGGACCUCCUUGACAUUUUAGUGGAGUCAAAACAGGAAGUUCCUUCGUGGCUGGAGAGCCUUGCAUACGAGCACCAGCACAAGAGCAGCAACCGCGGUCGCACCAAGAGGUUCUCUUCCGGUGGAUUUGGAGGCAGGGAUUACCGUCAGACUGCCAGCGGGGGAAGCAACUUUGGUAACCGCAGUGGUCGCAGCAGUGGAGGCCAUGGUGGCAACAGAGGUUUUGGAGGCGGUAAGGGAGGCUUUGGAAACUUCUACAGCAGCGAUGGCUAUGGAGGCAGUUACUCUCAGGUGGACUGGUGGGGAAACUAGAGCUGCUGCGGCUGUUGCCAAUCCAGACUAGCUGAAUGGAAACCACAUGUAACUUAGCCAGACUAUACCCUGUGUAGCUUCAAGAACUCGCAGUACAUUACCAGCUGUGAUUCUCUGACCUCAUUCUGAAGGAAGGAGGGAGAGGGGGUAAACGUUACAGAUGGACGGCCAGCCAGAGAACCAGAGCAUCACUCUUUAGAUAAAGUCAAACAUGGCUGCUGAUAUGCAAUGCCUGAUAGUAUCUUGGACUCUAGAUUUUCCAGUGCAGCUCAUUUCUUGAAAACCUGAGGAUCAUUCAUUUGUUAAUGUACUGUGCCUUUUAAAUUUAGACAGGAAUUUAUUUUAAUGUCGUCAUUGGCUGUACUUUGGCCUAAAGCGCAAUAGGAAUUUUUUUUCAAGGCAUAAAAGGCUUCUACUAAAUCAAACCUUGGCAAACACUGGAAUGAUGACUUGAGUGAGUCAUUAGUCCAUUUGAACCUCAAAUUGUCACCAGGGAAAUCAGGAAAUGUGUGCAGUCCGCUGUGAGCGCUGCGCACUCGGCUCCUGGAUACAUGGAGGAGUUGAAUUGAAGGUUGGUGUUGACUCCUUGUGUGACUAGUAAGUGAUGAAAAGUUCUGAUUUUAUUUUGCUCACUCUAUCCUGGGUCGGUACCUAUUAAGGAUAUGGUUGGUUUGCAAAAAAGAAGAAACCAUUCCAGCUGAUCUCAAAGUUUGUUAGUGAUGCAGACUUUCUAAAAGACAGCAGCGUUUGGAUGCAGAUGCUGGAAUUAAUCCACCUCUUGAAAUUGAGUACAGUGUUAGGGCAGCUAGUGAAGUUUCGCAGACUAGCUGUUGAGUGGGGUGUCGUUUCCCCCUGUUGAUUUACUUGAAACAGUUGAACAUUUUUUGAAGUGUUUCUAAAACUACUCAGUCUCAAAAUAAAAUGCCUGCCGUAAGUGAUGCUUGAAUGGCUGUAAUGGACCACAGCGCCGGAACGGAUUGCACUGGUUGCCGUGGCUGAUUCGGUAAUAUAGGCAUGCUAGUGUUGUUUUUUGGUCAAGGAGAUAAAGCAAAUGAAACUUGCUGCAGGCUUUAUUCUUAUUGAACAUGUAUACUAUUUUUUUUUUUUUUUUUUUUUUUUUUUUUAUUUUUCCUCUUUUCAAGCUGCGUUGAAUCUGAUAGACAUCCUCAGCUAAAUUAAAGACAUGGCUCUUUCUCAGACUUAAGGCUGUUAGGCAUAGCAGAGCUUGGUAAUGUACAAAGAAGAAAACUGCACAGGGUGUCUUGGCAAGGGCAGUUGGGAGUGCAGUUUGGUGCACCACCAUUUUAGUUGCAUAUGUUUCCAUUACAUACUGGCUGUGUAUUCCACUAGGUCUGGCCAAAGACCAGGGUUCCCCAUCCCUCUGAUGGCAUGUUAACGGCGCCCAAGUCGAUCGGACCUUGAUGUGCCUGUUACAGUUGGCCGCAGAGCAGUUGGCUUCAUUUCCUAAACAGGAAGUUGAAAUGGGGAGACAGUGGAAUUUAAUUAAGUGCAAUAGAUUUAUUCUCAAGUGUGUUGUGCCUUGAAAUUUUUUUUUUUUUUAAAUUAUUAAAAGAAUCGAAGCGGAUGCACUGACAGUAUUGAGGUAACUAAUGAAUGGUGCUAUUUCAGUUUGGUCUUAGGCCCUUGUUUUGUGUACCCAUCAAGUUUUUACAAAGUUAUUUUAUUGCACAUCUAGAGUUUUUAUAUAAAUGUCUUGAGUGCGUGUCCUUAAGCUUUCAAAUAUUGUAUGUUGAGAUUGUGAAACGCAGCUUGUUUACAAAACGGGAAGGGUUCUUGAUAUCUAACCAGGAUUUAUUUGGGACCAGGGGGGAUUAGCAGUUGGAGAAUUUAGGUAUUUGCACACAGAUUUCUAGAUUCUACUUGUGCUGCUAGUUUUGUGUAACUUAUUAAGCAUUUUGAGAAAUAUUUAUUUUUAUAAGCCUAAAAGUGAUUCUUUGAAAGUUUCAAGAAACUUGACCAAAAGACAGUACGAAAACACUGGCGCUUGAAUGUUGAAUGUCACCCGUAUGCGUGAAAAUUUAUAUUUCGGGGUAGUGUGAGCUUUUUAAAUGUUAGUCAUAUUGGACUUGGUCAAAAUCCACACCUGUCACUGGCCUUGUAGCCAAACAUCUCUAGGAUAUCUGAUUGGAAAUUCAAAAUCCAAAAUGCCAAGGUUUGGAUAAGUUGUCAAAGAAACACAUUUCCUAAAUGUAUUGGUGCAAAGUGUCCAGAACUUUUUUUUUCCUUUUUUUUUUUUUUUUUU